AGCACAGCUUAAACUCCCUUAUCGCUCUAGAAAUGCCCUGCUACCGGCGACGUGAUAGUGAUUGGUCGCGCAGCCAAGCUUCACCCUCUCAACCAAUUUAUUAGUUAUUUUAUGUAGCUUACAACGUAGCGCACGCAUUUCUUUACUAGGUGGUAUUCAAUCCCACGAUACUUUCGGCUGCCACUCAAGCGCCCUCAAGGUCCGUGGUUAGACCUCAUUCGUUGGCAUGAGAAGGUCAGCUCCCUCUUUUUUGUUGGCCUCUAAUUUUGGUCCGACGCGACGAAUAAUAGUAUCCUCUGUCCGCUUGACGCGAUGGCAUCGGCGUCCCCAACAUACUGCGGGCGGUAGUCACCCUCCCAUAACCACCGAAAUAUCCGGUCAAUUCACAACUCCCAUCGAAGACUCCGGUCCGAAAUUACCGUUCCGCUUCGAAACGGGCUUUGCGCUGUUCGCAAAACGAGCACCGAGACCGUUCCCCCCACCGUUCCUAUCCCCUCCCUCGGGUUCGUUUUCGGACCCCCUUAGUACCCACCACCAGAGUCGCGACAAACGAGCUUUUGUGGACGGUGAACUCAUCCAGGGCUGGACGAACGGGGAUGAUGCUGUAUAUGCGAGUGAUUAUUUCAUAUGCGCCAAUGACGGGGUUGGUGCCUGGUCAGCUCGGCCAAGAGGCCAUGCAGGUCUGUGGUCGAGGUUGAUACUGCACUUCUGGGUGGCGGCGAUGCAAGAAGAUAUUGCGAAAUCGCGACCGCCAGACCAACCGUAUCAUCCUGAUCCUAUACACUACUUGCAACAAGCUUACGAGCGUACGAUCGAAGCCACAUCUGGACCGAAUGAUUGUCUGGGGACUACAACAGCGAGCGGGGCGCAACUCUUCUACAAAGGUGACACCAACAGCACGGCAUCAUCCCUGUCGCCCCUCUUAUAUGUCACGAAUAUUGGCGACUCCCAGGUCAUGGUUGUGCGGCCGAAAGCUCGGGAGAUGGUUUAUAAAUCGAAAGAACAAUGGCAUUGGUUCGACUGCCCGAGACAACUCGGAACCAACAGCCCCGACACACCAAAUAACAAUGCAGUUAUGGAUACGGUAGAUCUGAAAGAAGGCGAUGUCGUGUUAGCUAUGUCAGACGGUGUAAUUGAUAACCUCUGGUCACACGAGAUUGUCGAGAAUGUGUCUGAAAGCGUCGAGCGCUGGGAGGCAGGGGAAGGAGGUCAAGCCAGUGGUCCUCGGAAGGACGGGGCCAAUGGCGGGAUGACGUUCGUCGCCCAGGAACUUGUCAAUGCUGCGAAACAGAUUGCAACAGACCCUUUUGCAGAAAGCCCCUUUAUGGAGCGUGCUAUCGAGGAAGGCUUGGCAAGUGAAGGAGGGAAACUUGACGAUAUUAGUGUCGUAGCGGCCUUGUGCCAGCGGAAUACAACAUAAUAAAUCCGGCACUGUGCUAUAUACAAGGCACACUACCUGCAUCUAUAUAUAGGAUGCCAAUAUUCACAAGGCUUUUCAGGCGGUGAAGGCCAAUUUAUGUAUCACUACCUAGAUACUGAGGACGCCCCCAAUCAUUUCCAACGAUGGUUGGUGGCACAAGAUAGAUAUCGAGAUGGGAUUGGCGUUGCAUUAUUCACGUUCUUGUUAGAUCUACAAUUAUAGAUUACCCGUUAGGUAUAAAUGGCGAUUGGACACAUUGGCAGUGGCAUUGGCAAGGCGUUUAGGAGGAAUUUUAUUAACGAAAGAAAGACAUCGCGACACACGAAAGAUUGUCGGAUGAGGGCUUCAUCAGGAUGUAGCUUGAUAAUGAAAAAGUACUGUACAUCGGUAACUGCACUGUAAAUUGGAUUUGCUUAGUGGGGCACUGCUGUUAAACCCGCUAAAUUUUAGAGUGUUGACAGGGGUCGGAAGCUUAAUUCUUAUCGCUAUCCUUAUCAGUAGCAUUUGAUACAGAAGAAUUUCUAAAAAUCAAAC